AUGAAACUUAAUUGUUGCUGUUUUCAUUUUUUAAUUAAUGAUACAAUAUCUGUUGAACAAAUAUUUAUUCCAUAUGAAAUACAACAAUGACGAUAUAAAUUUCUACCACCAUUCUAUCAAGCCGAACGUCCAGUAACUAAUUUAGCAUUUGCUGAAGGAAUAAAACCACAUAAUGAUGUAAUACUUUAUGCAACAACUGAAUCAACUGUUCUUUCAUUUCGUCUUAUACAAACAACAUCAUCUAGUAUAUCAACAGCUGCUGCUGUUGCUGCAUCCGUAUCAUCUAGUAUAACAUCAACAUUACGUGAUCGUCGACCAUUUCAUUUAACACAACAUCAUCAACCACAACAAGCACAAUUUAAUAUAGCAAUACUUGAAACACAAAUUGGUUGUAAACCCGGUUGUGCUGUUUUAGCUCAAUCAGAAUUUGAUGGUGAACAACAAUUUGUUAUUGCAAAUUCUACAGGUGUUUUUUCAUAUGUGGGCGAUGAUAAACGUCUUGGUUUAGGUAUUGAUGGUGAAAAAUUAUCUGUACAUUGGUGGUUUAAUUAUUUAAUAACAGUUACAAAAGAAAAUCAAAAAACAUCUUUAGUUACAUCAACGACAACAGAUACAACUAAACCACAAUCAAAUAUUUUAUCACAAUUAACAGCCCAUCAAACAACAACUGAAUUACAAACAUUAGCUGUUUAUGAUACAAAUCCUCAAUUAACAGCUUAUUCAGUUGGUAUACCACGUAUACAAUGUGUUGUUAAUGAAUGGGGUUAUAUACAUAUAUUAACUGGUGAUGGAGAAUUACAUCGUUUAAUUGAAAAAGAUUUACAUUCAAGAUUACAUUUACUUUUUAGAAAAAAUUGCUAUCAAUUAGCAUUACAAUUAGCAAAAAAGAAUCGAACUAGUAAACAAGGUAUGGCAGAAAUUUUUAAACAAUUCGGUGAUCAUCUCUAUGUGUAAGUUAAAUUAUCUACAAGCUUUUUAAUAAAUUCUUAUAGAAAGAAAAACAAAUAAUAUAUUCGAGUUGUCUCAUGAGAAAAUAUUCCCAAAUAAUACUCUCUAUUCGAGUUCAUAGUUUUCCCAUACGUAGGACGUUGUGAGACUAGAAGAAUCCUAAAAGGCUUCAAUUCAUUAGUGGUAUGACCAGCUGUCAGUCGCUCAUAUAUGGCGAGGGUUCGAACUUAAAAGUAAUGAAUCAAGAUAAGAUGUUCAAAAAGACAUUUCUAUUUUUCAUGAAAUAUCCUAAAGAAAUUCGCUUAUUGUACAUUUAAGCGUUUCGCAAUGUUUUUUUUUUGUUCAUAAGUAUACAUAUACUUGGAAUUAGUAUUGAAUUUUGAACAAAAUGGAAUAUUUAGUUAAUCAAAAAUUCAACUUUUAUUUUUCUUAGGUUGAAAAAUAUUUCAUUUUAUGUAGAAUCUGAUGCUUGUACUAAUGAAUAUUCAGUUACUUUUAACUUUCUUUCAUCCUAGUCCUAACUGUGAUUUUCGGAAAGAGGGUCUAAUUCAGUAACGAACACUAUUUUUUAGUUUGUUAAACAAUAAUCUGACAUUCUGAAAGCUUGUUAAAAAUCUCAGUAACUUAUUAUCCAUUUCUGAAAAUAAGUCGCUUGGGCAGAAUUCUUAUAACUUUUGAAGGGAAAGGCAUAGAGAGCUGCGGUUUUCACCGUUGGAUAGAGAACAUCAGGACACAUAAGUCUAUGUAAAAACCGAUGGGUUAAUCCAUAAAAAUACUCGUUAUCUGCGUCAUCAAAUUUGGAUGAAAAUGACAUAAAAUAUGCCUAUUCUUGAGAUUUAACCUCAGUAUACAACUGAUUCACACAUCAGAUAUACAGUAGACAGUGCCUCUGCAUCAUUUGAACUCAACC